GACACGUAAGUGUUCGUCUGCUUCGAUUUGAUCUUGAAUUUGAUCGAGAUACACAUUGUUCUUGGAUACAUUUUCUUUCAGAUAAUUUGGAAAAGUGGCUUGAAACCUUUUUAAAGAUGAGUGAGUUAAGCAGCUGGUUCAAAAAUUUGCCUAUUUUCACGAGGCAUUGGUUCGGACUAACUAUUGCGUUGUCACUAGUUGGCAGAUUUGCCAUUUUGAGUCCAAAAUAUCUUAUCUUGGAUUACCAUUCAAUAUUUGAAUCAUUCCAUAUAUGGAGACCAGCAUCAGCAUUAUUUUAUUAUCCGAUAACACCAAAAACAGGAUUUCACUUUCUCAUCAACUUGUAUUUCUUGUAUAACUAUUCUCUUCAACUUGAAACUGGACUGUUCAAUGGGCGACCAGCUGACUACUUUUUCAUGUUGCUAUUCAACUGGAUUUGCUGUGUCAUAAUUGGACUCCUAGCUGAUUUCCCUUAUUUGAUGGAUCCAAUGGUGCUGAGUGUACUGUAUGUUUGGUGUCAGCUAAAUAAGGACACAAUUGUCAAUUUCUGGUUUGGAACACAGUUCAAGGCAAUGUACCUGCCUUGGGUCUUACUUGGAUUUAACUUGAUCAUUGCUGGAGGUGGAGUCAUGGAACUUGUUGGAAUUGUUGUGGGACAUUUAUACUUUUUCCUCACGAUGCAGUAUCCUCAAGAAUUUGGUGGUCCUUUGCUCUUAACUACUCCGCAAUUUCUAUACAAAUAUUUCCCGAAUCAACGAAGCGGAGUACAAGGAUUCGGCGCGGCACCUCAACCUAGGGCUGAGUUUAGAGCAGCUGCACAGGAUGCAGGUCCUCGACGCUAUGACUGGGGACGUGGAAAUGUUUUGGGUGGCCAAAACUAGCCUCAUGAUGGCCAAAAUUAAACCCCGAUUCUGAUGUUUUGAUGUGUUUAUGUUAAAGAAACGAUUAUCGUCCCUCCUCCCAUCAAUUUCUGGAAAAUGUAUUCCUUUAAUCUUAAGAGAAAUUUAAAUUUACUAAAUUUG